UAGACAUUUCCGGUCAUGCGUCGUUUCAAAUUCGCAAUUUCCUCCCCUCGCCCCGUUCCGCCUCACACCCGCGGAGUGUCCAUCGUCGUCGAAAAAUUUUAUUUGUGAAAUGGCUUCAAGAAUUAUCAGAAAAAUCGUUCCGGCGAGUCGGGUCGGUGCGGCACAGUACAGCUCGGGGGUGCGGAAGGUGACGCUGAUCCCCGGCCAUGGAAUCGGCCCAGAGAUCACGGUGGCCGUGCAAAAAAUCUUUGAAGCCGCGAAAGUGCCAAUCGAAUGGGACGAAGUGGACGUCACAGCUGUUCGGGGACCCGACGGCAAAUUCGGGAUUCCCCAAAAAGCCAUUGACUCUGUGAAUGCUAACAAAAUUGGACUAAAGGGGCCCCUUAUGACCCCAGUCGGCAAGGGCUAUAGAUCACUGAACUUGGCCCUAAGAAAGGAGUUUGAUUUAUAUGCCAAUGUACGGCCUUGCAAAAGUUUGGACGGUAUCAAAACCCUAUAUGACAAUGUAGACGUUGUGACAAUCCGUGAGAACACCGAGGGAGAGUACUCGGGUAUUGAGCAUGAGAUCGUGGACGGUGUGGUCCAGUCCAUCAAGCUGAUCACAGAGGAGGCGAGUAAGAGAGUAGCGGAGUUCGCGUUCCAGUUCGCCAGAGACAACAACAGGAAGAAGGUGACCGCUGUCCACAAGGCUAACAUCAUGCGUAUGUCGGACGGUCUUUUCCUGCGGUGCUGCCGUGACCUGGCCACCAAGUACCCGGACAUCAAGUUCGAGGAGCGCUACCUGGACACAGUCUGCCUCAACAUGGUGCAGGACCCAUCCAAGUUCGAUGUGCUGGUGAUGCCGAACUUAUAUGGUGAUAUCAUGUCAGACAUGUGCUCAGGAUUGGUUGGUGGUUUAGGCCUAACCCCCUCCGGAAACAUUGGCAAGAACGGAGCUCUGUUUGAAUCUGUGCACGGUACCGCCCCAGAUAUCGCCGGCAAGGACAUGGCUAACCCCACUGCCCUGCUUCUGUCUGCCAUCAUGAUGUUAAGACACUUGCAACUCAACGAACACGCGGACAGAGUUCAAAAUGCCUGCUAUGAGGUCCUCCGCGAAGGCAAAUCUCUAACUGGUGACCUCGGCGGCACUGGCAAAUGCAGCGAAUACACCAAUGCCAUUAUUUCCAAACUCAAAUAAAAAAGUUAAAGAAAAAACAAGCCCCUGUGAAUUGUGACCUAGGAUUAUAAUUGCGAAUGCCAAAGUUACCUUUGAACAAAAUAUUAUAUUGAACAGAAUGUUCGCCUGAUGAUUUUUAUGUUACUGUAUUGUUGAACCCGAAACAGUAUUUAUUAAUUUUACACGCACCGAUUAUUAUAGAUGAAUUACGUUUGUUAUAAUAAAUAUUUAUUUUAAAA